CGCUGAUGACUCCCUUAAACGCCCGGGCUGUGACUGAUUCUCCGCGUCCCGCUGUCCACCGAGAUUCACCCGGGAGUUUUUUUUUUCCCCCCCAGAAAAGAAACAGACUUUAGUUUCAGGAGCAGGUAAGAAUUACGCUUUUUCCUCUCGCCUUUUCCGUCUCUCUCUUCUCUCCCUCCGUGGCAAUCUCUCCCUCUCGGCUGGAUAAAAAAUUCUUUAGUCAAAGGCAGGAAUGCAAAGUAGUGACAAGCGAAGGGGCUGAUAUAUGUCUCAGUAACGAGUCUGACAAUCAGAAUGUAGCUCUUGGAGAAUAGAUAGAUUUUAAUAAGUGUGUUUACAUGAGCUCAAGGUCAGAAGCAAGCUGCGCUGUGUUAAAUGGUUUCUUAGUUGCUAGACAGAGAGAAAAAAUGGACGAUCACACACCAUUCUUUGUAGAUUAUUAUAUCAAGGGUUCAGUCUCUGGCUCAUCAAAGCUAAAUGCCGCAAGACCUAUCUAGUUGCUGUGAAUUAUGCCAGGGCGACAAUGGAGAGCGUUUUUAAUGGUACAAUGCAUUUCACCUACCAGAUAGGGGGAGGCCGAGCCGGGGAUGGGGAUGUCUGCUGGGGUUGGGUGAUGAGUAUCAAUGAACGGGGCGAUUCUGAAAAGAGGCAGACGAAAAUCGAGCCCGCCCUGCCCCGGCUGGGCUGGAAACAGUUCGCAGGGCUCUGCCGAGUGGGCGAGCGAGGCGCGCGAGCAGGGCGCCCGUCCCCCCUCAGCCCCGGAAAAUGAUCAAGUCAAUCAUGUGGACAUGUUUCAUUAUUCAUUGAACACAAUCUUUUACAACGCUCCGUUUACGUGCCCGAGUUUGCUCCCGACGCCCGCGUUUCAGUGUUUAAGUUCCUGACCACCACGGCUUUAAGAAUAUCCACCAGCUACAAGGGAGCUCCGUUGCUUUCAGACUUGCCUGGGAACUGGGACGCCCCUCUGGCAAUCUGUCAGUGCCCGGAUCAGCCGCAUCCUUUCUGGGGUAUUUUCUCACCACACUGACAGUCCUUAAGACAAGUAUGCAGUUAAGCUGCUAAGGGAUGGAAGAAGCCAGUCUGUGCCUUGGAGUGUCCUCGGCGGCGCCGGAAGCUGAGCCCCAUCUGAGCAGCCCCGUUCUCAACGGCCAGUAUGCCAUGAGUCAGAAGUUGCACCAGAUCACCUCCCAGCUCAGCCAUGCUUUCCCCGAGCUGCAUCCACGGCCCAACCCGGAGGAGAAGACCCCGGUUCCCCUCGACGAGAAGGCCCACGUGCCCAUGAGUGGCCAGCCCAUGGGCAGUCAGAUGGCGCUCCUGGCCAACCAGCUGGGCCGGGACGUGGACACCAGCCUCAAUGGGCGGGUGGACCUGCAGCAGUUCCUCAACGGACAGAACCUGGGCAUCAUGUCCCAGAUGAGCGAUAUCGAGGACGACGCCCGCAAAAACCGCAAGUACCCGUGCCCUCUGUGCGGCAAACGUUUCCGCUUCAACAGCAUCCUCUCCCUGCACAUGCGCACUCACACCGGCGAGAAGCCCUUCAAGUGCCCGUACUGCGACCACCGGGCGGCACAGAAAGGGAACCUCAAGAUUCACCUGCGGACCCACAAGCUGGGCAACCUGGGGAAGGGGCGCGGGCGGGUGCGCGAGGAGAACCGCCUGCUGCACGAGCUGGAGGAGAGGGCCAUCCUGCGGGACAAGCAGAUGAAGAGCAGCCUGCUGCAGCCCCGGCCGGACUUGAAGCCCCUGCCGCACGCCCAGCAGACCCCGCUGGCCGCCUGCAACCUGGCCCUGCCCACCAACCACAGCGUGCCCGACGUGGCCAACCCGGUGCCCUCACCCAAGCCGGCCAGUGUGCAGGAGGACUCAGCGACCCCCGCUGCUGGCUUCCGCUGCACCUUCUGCAAGGGCAAGUUCAAGAAGAGGGAGGAGCUGGACCGCCACAUCCGCAUCCUACACAAGCCCUACAAGUGCACGCUGUGCGACUUCGCCGCCUCGCAAGAGGAGGAGCUCAUCAGCCACGUGGAGAAGGCCCACAUCACGGCUGAGUCGGCCCAGGGCCAGGGCCCCAACGGCGGCGGGGAGCAGUCGGCCAACGAGUUCCGCUGUGAGGUUUGCGGACAGGUGUUCAGCCAGGCGUGGUUCCUGAAGGGCCACAUGCGGAAGCACAAAGACUCCUUCGAGCACUGCUGCCAGAUCUGCGGCCGGCGCUUCAAAGAGCCCUGGUUCCUGAAGAACCACAUGAAGGUCCACCUCAACAAGCUGUCAGUGAAGAACAAGUCCCCUAGCGACGCCGAGGUGCCUGUGCCCAUGGGCGGCAUGUCCCAAGAGGCCCACGCCAACCUGUACUCCAGGUACCUCUCCUGCCUGCAGAGCGGCUCAUUCAUGGCCUCCGAUAAAGCCAGCCUGAGUGAGCCCAGCCAGCUCUACGGCAAAGGCGAGAUGCCCGUGAAGGAGAAGGAGGUUGUGGGGAAGCUGCUGACCCCCAUCUCCAGCAUGGCCCACGGCGUCCCCGAGGGCGACAAGCACUCCCUCCUGGGAUGCCUCAACCUUGUGCCACCACUGAAAUCCAGCUGCAUCGAGCGGUUGCAGGCAGCUGCGAAAGCUGCCGAGAUGGACCCCGUGAACAGCUACCAGGCUUGGCAGCUCAUGGCCAGGGGCAUGGCCAUGGAGCAUGGCUUCUUGUCUAAAGAGCACCAGCUACAGCGCAACCACGAAGACACUUUGGCAAACGCCGGAGUUCUGUUUGAUAAGGAGAAGCGGGAGUACGUGUUAGUGGGAGCAGAUGGCUCCAAGCAGAAAAUGCCUGCUGAUUUGGUUCACAGCACUAAAGCGGGCAAUCAGAGAGACCUGCCAAAUACGCUCGACCCUUUGGAAGGCAGUCGGGAUUUUUUGUCACAUGGGCUGCACCAGGCUCUCGAGUACAACCUGCAGGGUCCCGGGAGUCUGAAGGAGAAGCCCACCGAGUGCCCGGACUGUGGCCGAGUGUUCCGCACCUACCACCAGGUGGUCGUGCACUCCCGCGUCCACAAGCGGGACCGCAAGGGCGACGAGGACGGGCUGCACGGGGGCCCCGAUGAGCGGCGCGGCUCGGGCAGUGACCAGGAGUCCCAGUCGGUGAGCCGCUCCACCACGCCCGGCUCCUCCAACGUCACUGAGGAGAGCGGGGUCGGAGGCGGGCUCUCGCAGACUGGGAGCGCCCAGGAGGACAGCCCACACCCCUCCUCGCCGUCCUCCUCAGACAUUGGAGAGGAGGCUGGGAGAUCUGCCGGCGUCCAGCAGCCCGCACUGCUUCGAGACAGGAGCCUGGGCUCGGCCAUGAAGGACUGCCCGUACUGUGGGAAAACCUUCCGGACAUCCCAUCACCUAAAGGUCCACCUGAGGAUACACACAGUGUGUGUCCACACCAUAACCAGCUGGAGGAAAGGAAGUGACUUGUACCCACAAGGUGAGAAACCCUACAAAUGUCCCCACUGUGAUUAUGCCGGCACCCAAUCAGCCUCCUUAAAAUAUCACCUAGAGCGGCACCACCGGGAGCGGCAGAACGGAGCCGGGCCACUGUCUGGGCAGCCCCUGAACCAAGAGCACAGGGACGAGCUGUCCAACAAAGCUGCUUUGUUUAUCAGGCCAGACAUCCUGAGGGGCGCCUUUAAGGGUCUCCCCGGAAUCGACUUCAGAGGUGGCCCUGCGUCUCAGCAGUGGACAUCAGGGUUGUUCUCAUCUGGAGAUCACUCAGGGCAGGCCACUGGCUUGUCUUCUGAGGCUCCUUCAGACACUCUGAAAGGUACCGACCUUCCUUCCAAAAGCACCCACUUCUCCGAAAUCGGGAGAGCUUAUCAAAGUAUCGUGAACAACGGUGUGAAUUUCCAAGGGUCCUUGCAAGCGUUCAUGGACAGCUUUGUCCUAAGCUCCUUGAAGAAGGAGAAGGACAUGAAGGACAAAGCCCUAUCUGACCCUCCUUCCAUGAAGGUCCACGGGGCAGACGGUGGCGAGGAGAAGGCGGGCGGCAAGGCGGGCCCCAGGAAGUCUGAGAAGUCUCAGUACGAGCCCCUGGACUUGUCCGUGCGGCCAGACGCCGCCUCCCUCCCAGGCUCCUCGGUGACUGUACAAGACAGCAUCGCGUGGCAUGGCUGCUUGUUUUGUGCUUUCACAACGUCCUCUAUGGAGCUGAUGGCCCUUCAUCUCCAGGCCAACCACCUGGGCAAAUCGAAACGCAAAGAUAGUGCCGUCGGGGUGACGGUCAAUUGCAAAGACCAAGCCCGGGAGGCCAGUAAAGUGGCCUUGUUGCCCUCGGUACAAUCAAGCAAAGAGAUGGCGCUUUCCAACAUGAUGGGGCCCCUAGACUCGGCUUCUGAAAAGAUGGCCCAAGGACAGGUCAAAGAGACUCUGGGGGAGCAGAAGGGUGGCCCAUGGCCUGGCCACGUGGACCCCACGUUCUGUAACUUCCCGUCAGACUUCUACAAGCAGUUCGGUGUUUACCCAGGUCUGCUGGGCUCGGGGGCCUCCAGUUCCUGCCCCAACAGGGAGCCCGAUGGGAAGGCCCACUUGGAAGAUGAUGCCCCGAUCCUGAUCCCUGAAACCACAAAUAAGAACACUACUGAUGACCUCUCGGACAUCGCCUCCUCAGAGGACAUGGACUCCUCCAAAGGAGAAAACAACGAGGAAGAGGAUAUCGACACGGAGCCGGAGGUGAUGAGCAAGCCGCCUGCCCUGAGCAAGGACGGGGGCAGCGACGGUGGGGAUGGCCUGCUGCCCGCAGGCGCCCCACAGCCCAUCCAGGGACUGGUCUCCCCUCUACCCCAGGCAUCGGAGAAGCAGUGGCACAGCCCGGGCCUUCUUCCAGCCCAGGACCCCGUGGCGAGCCUGCCCAAGCCAGAGCGGGGGCCCCAGGGCCUGGAGAAGCCGGUGAAUGUGCUGUCGGUCCUCAGGGCCUACAGCGCCGAUGGCUUAGCAGCCUUUAACGGACUUGCAAGUAGCACAGCAAAUUCUGGAUGUAUCAAGAGGCCAGACUUGUGUGGAUGACAGAACUGUUGUGUGAAUACCAUUGUAUUUGCCAAAUGGUCCACUCGUCAUUUCAGAACAAACAAAUGGAUGGUGUCUGUAAGUCGGCAAACACUGGUGACAUUUAGCCUUGUUUAUGUUCCUUUCCUUUUGCUGCAUAUUUUUGGCUCCAAAAGCUACCGUCUGAAUCAACAGUGCCUCCAAAGCAGGAGAAAAGUCUGGUAGCUUUCAUUUUAGUUGCCGUGUCCAUGUUCUCUUUGGAUCGCAUGAUACCUACUGCCCAGGAUCAAGCCUGAGGUGGGAGAAGAGACCGACCAAGCUCUUUGGUUCAAAACAUAUAUACAAUGUUUUUCCUCCCUAAUGAUGACUUCAAAUUGGGAGGGAGGAAGAGAAUGCUGAGAGAAGAGAGUGUUGUCAGAAUGGACACCCACAUCCCUGGGGAAAUGCAAACUCUCCAGGCAGGCCCAGCCACCGCCACAUGCAAUAGGAGCUCUGUGACCCCAUGGCUGUCUUGAGCUGUGUGUGGGUACUCUGGGCUUAAGUUCUGGGGUCUACCUUCUUAGGCUACUGAAUCAAAGUGGUGGUUGGCACGGGCAGCCAUCUAGCUGCCACAUGUACCACGGACCACAUCUUAACUGCUGAAGGAAUCAGGUUCUGUGUUUUUUAUUUUCAGAUGCUAUGUGCCAAGCCCAGGUUUCAAAUAAGUAGUAAUUUUCUCCUAUUACUUAGCGCUGAUCAACAGCACCUCUGCAUCUAAUUGCCAACCUGCUCUAAUCACAUGGGCUCUUCUUGCUUUAGCCAGAGGCAGAAGGAGCAAAUUUUAUAAAUAUUGCUUUAUUGUCAUUAUCCCAUUAAACAAUUAGGGAAUGUGGCCCUGCCCUUGCUUUCAAAUGCCUCUGGCCCACGUGGUUUCUGGAUUGUUUAAUGAAUCUGCACAUUUUCUUGCAGGUAAGUGACACCCCCUGUUCUAGUCGGUCUAGCUGGACUUGCCCUUGUCUGUUCGUGCUCCUCGGUGGCUAUCUGCAGCUUGUUAAUCGUAUAAAGUCAAGAGAAGAAUGUAUACACAUAUGUGUGUUGAAUAAAUAAUUACUAUUGGCAUAGGUAUGUGUAUACACAUGGCACACCAACCUACGGUAUAUAUAGCAAAGAAUCAGGGAGGCUAAAAAUACUGCCCCAUAUGUUCCGCUAUUAGCGAAGGAUGGUGAAGGCUUAGUAACUUGAACGGGAGAGAAAAUUCCCUCCGAGUCAUGAAUUCUGCAUGACACACGCUGGUGGAUUCGAGGUCCCUUCACCUGUGGAAACCCUGAUGGGGGGCCUGCUCAGCACAGCUUCUAGAGGCGGGCCCUGCGAUGGUCUCGUUGGCAUUACUGCUUGUGUCUGAUUGUCCUGUAUUUUGUAACACUUUAGAGAAUACAGAAAAGUGCAGUAAUUAUCUUUCUCCAUAGUAUUUAAGCAGUAAUAUUGCUAGUUUAAUAUUGUGUCAGGUCGUCAUGUUAACCAGGAACAGAUGACGUAAAAUUCCAGUGAAUAGCACCUUGAUAUUCACUCCUUAAAAAUGGUGAUUGAAGCGAAAUGUGUAAACUUGUACCAGGUUAUCGUGUGCUUUGGAACAGAGUAUUGUUGAAGUAAUUAGAAGAUAUAUGAAGGUGUUCCUGGUAAUGAAGGCAUGUAAGUUAUAAUAAUUGUAGCUUUCUGAAUAAGUGUCAAACUAUAUCUUUAAGUGUGCUGUAUGCUGAGUUACAAGUUAGGUCAUUUAUGAAUGGAAUGUAAAACAAUACUAAAAAUGCUUCAAUAACUUAUCUUGGUAUUGCUAAUAAAAAAAAGCUGUGAAACAUUAGUGCAGUUUUGAGUCAUUAUGUUAAUUCACUCCACAACACCCUCCACCCUUUGACAUCCCUCUGUCGGGAGCCUCAACAGGACAUUCAGGGAAACUAGUGAUGCUGUCCCAUGGUUUGUUUUCUGGGCCACCUACUGCAUCUUCCACCCAUCUUCAGGUGGACCCAGGAGUUACAAUUCCUAAACAUACAAAUGUCAAGGCACCUCCUGAUUUGGGUGGGGUGACCGUGGCGGGUCCAGGGAGUGCAUCUCUCUGUACCAGUGUCUCUCGGGUGUGUGUCUAGACCGCAUGAUGGCUCACAGGCCCUGUGGGGGUCUGUGCAGGCUGCUGUCCCUCAUCCCCGGUGUGGAGGACUACAUCUGCCUGGCCUUCCUGCAGCAAACCUUAACAUUUUCUUUUCAUCCUGUGAAGAGUAGUUUUACACGGAAAGGUAGUUGGAAUUGUUGGAGUGUGGAGUAUUUUUGUCCACUGAGAUUUUUUGGUUGUGCCCUGGUCUGUCGUACAGGCUUCUGCCUGCCCCGCCCUCCACCCCAUCAUGGCGGGAAGGGUGCAGGAAGGAAGGAUUUCACUUUCCUUUUGUAUCUUGCUUAGUUUUUUUGUCCAUGGGCUGGACUUCAGGCCCCUCUGCCACUUCAACGGUGUUUCCAAGCUUCUCUGAUUGGGUCUGUUUUGUAAACUUCUAAAUUCCAUGCUCACCCUGCUCCCUGGCUAACAGCUCCUGGCGGGGGGAAAGGUAUUAUCAUCGUUUGACAGAAUCCCAAGCCCCAAGCUUGGUCCCCACAUUCCAGAUAAACAAAGUGUCCUGUGUACAAGGGGCUGGAAGCCCAGAACUGUCCAUUUGAACAAGCCUGGCCUUAGCAGCAGGACAACUGUGUCACCUUGACUGCUGGAAACAUUCCCUCCAGUAUUUCUCAUGAAAACUGUUCAUGUGAUCCCAACGCCAAAAACCAUAUAAUACAGGAUUAGAUUGUCUCUUAUUUGGGGGGAAGAGGUGAGAAGUGAGAGGUUCUGAGGCUGAGAAUAUGAUUCUGUUUACGUGAAGCUGAGAAAACGGACUGUGGGUUCUUAUGGAAAACGUGAUGGACCCCCAAAUGCCCAGCCAAGGUAAAGCGAAGUGACCCCAGCCACCAGGUCCUGGUCCAUGGCCACAUCGACCUGAGCUUUCACCAGCAGUGUGUAGGCACAGCCUGAACCAAAAGAAAGACUCCGGUGGAAUUUCGUCUUUGCUUCCAAUGACCCCUGAGUCUGAGGAACUGCCCUAGGGACGAGAAUUCAUCUCUGCCCUUUCCUGGGUCCCCGCCUCCUGCUGGCCCCCCGAGGCCUGCAUCACUUCCCCACGCACACCAAGCCUCUGUGAGGGGUGCUGUGUGCUCCCUCCUUCAGGGCCUGAAGCCACGUUGGGUUUUAGAUGCCACAUUUGCAGCUCCCAAGGAGAGGUCACCACCAUCUAACUCUGUGAAGGCAAGGGCACCCUCUGCACCCCCCAGACCAAUGCCUCCAGCCUGGAGAUGUGGCCAGGACCGGAGGGGUCUGUUGAAAGGCUCAGGGUUGAACACAUUGCCCCUGGCUCUGUUCUUCAUCUACAGCCUCGCUGUGCACUCUGCAGAACCUUGCUGACACCACAGCACUGGCCUUGCCAGUCCGGCAGGGGUGGGGCUCGGGGUCCAGUGCAGCAUGAGUCGCCGGGCCUUGGCAACAGAGGCAGAGCCGCUGCAGGGAACAGAUCAUCCUGGCUUCUCACCCUGAUGGCAGGAAGGCUCCCUCGAGCUCCUUAUCCAGGCAUCUGUGUUCCCUGUUCCCUCCACGAGGGCCCAAUCCCCCUAAGGGGGUCUCCAUGCAUUUCUACUUCAAAAGCAGGGGGUAUUUCCUGGGUUGCUCCCCCGGGGGACUUCUCAAGCUUAGAGGAGACCUUUGUGGAUUCUCUUCUCCUGUUUUUUAUGAGCCUCCUCCCAGCCUCUUCCCCGCUUUCAUUUCAUGAC